UCGGAUGGAUAGUCGGAGAGACAAAAUUCAAAAUCCAUAAUUCGGGGGAGUGGCAGUGACGGUCGGUAGUAUGCCCAAAGGAAGGAAAAGAAAGGUCAAGGAGGUGGACUGGGCCGCCGAUGAGAACUUUAGCAAGGAGCGCUCGAUUUUCUACGUGGAGCACACCACCGAGUGCCCCGUCUUCCAGAUGAAGGCCGAGUAGUGCGGCGCCUUCUUCAAGCAGCGCAUUCCGGAGCGCGAGUUCCAGCUGGCGAGGAACAAGAACGACAAGGAGGCGCCCCGGGAAGGUGCCUUCGAGAUUGGCUUCUCCCAGGAUGCACGCACCUCCGUCCACGAGCUGUGGUCGGGCCUGACGAGGGGUCCGCCGCGGCGGGACAAGUUCCCCGAGGAUUUCGAGAAUCUGGUGCCGGGUGUGCAGCGAGUGCUGAAGAAGUUCUACCCCGACAAGGUGGUGGGCCUCACCGACGACGAGGAGGACGAAAACUAGUACCAGCAGAACCAGAACAGGGCUGAGUAACAGAA